GAAUAUUUUGUAUGUACCAGUACAUCCACCAUAUAUUUUAUUUCAUCAAAAUGGAUAAUUUCAAAGAGUUGAAGAAAUGGCACACCUCGGGCCAUGCUGAGCCCGAGGAUGGCGCCUCACCUUCACCUCCGAAAGAUGCGGAGGAGGAGUCGCAUACACCCGACGUCAAACGGAUGGUCGUCGUAACUCCGGACGACAGCUCCUCGUCUCUCGUCCAUUAUCUGCAACAGCGAUAUCCGAGAGUUCCAGAAUGGACGGUGGAGACACAUUCACGUGAGACAGGACUGGACAGAAAGGAGUCCGAAGUAAUGGUAGAAGAAUCCGUGGUGAAGCUCAAAAGGUUGUUUUUCUGCCGGUAAAAUAAUACUCUUUCUACUGAGCCUUCUUGCACAGUUUUCAACUUGUGAUACAGCCACUCGGUAGUGACCUUUGACCCGGCUACGAUUUAAUCAACCGGACUUGACUUUCCAUCUCAAUUUUCGGAUGGAUUCUUCGACAACAUUCGAGAUUCGUUUUUCCACUUUGGUUAAAGUGCAUAGAACAACGAAAUCUACUGUGGCAAAAGUGGCAACGAAACAUUAAGCAGUGUUCUCGUGUUUAAUAAGACUGUUACAGUGUUGUUUAAACCACUAUAACUGGCCAAAGCAACUUAUAAUAUUUUGACCAGUGUUCUACUAGUAAAACAUUUCACCACAGGAGGAAACUAACGUUGAACUUUAACCAAAAAUACAGAUUGCACUCGAUAUACAUCCAAAGAAUUAUAAUUACUUCAACAGU